AUGGAGUCAGCCCCAACGACGCCGCCGCACAGGUCGCUGGUUGCCUCAAAACCGAGGAUUUUGAGAGGGGUUGCUCUACUGAGAGAUUUCGAGAGAGCCAAGGUUUCUGAUGAGGCCAAGGAUUUUAGAGAGACUAAGGGUUUUGAUGAGACUCAAGGCUUUAAUGCUAUCGGUUCUGAGGAGUCUCGCGUUUCUGGCAAGACUCAGACUUCUGAGAAGGCUCGGUUUCUGAGGAUAUUCAUGUUUCUGGAGGGAUUCAGAUUCCGCGGAGGUCAGAGAGUUGCGUAUGAACCUCAAAGACUGCGGUCUGAAACUGAAUCCACCCCACCGGACCAAGGGCAACAGCACAGAGGCGGGAUGAGCGACUUCGUGGCGCAACAAAAAGAAAGACGAGAGGCGAUUAAAACAACUCACUAUCCCUCUCCCAUCUAA